AUGUCUCAACUUGUGUGCCAUUACUGUGGUAGUUUGGUCCCACUGAAAGGUUUACAAUCUCAUCAGGUGCAAUGCUCAUCGGAGUGGCACAAACGACAAAAGCAAUUAAUUCCAGAAUUACAAAGAGCGUAUCCUCCAAGGGAUGUGCCAAACAUGUUGAUCCCUUCUUCCGAAACGGAUACAAAAGCAAUUGAAAAGUAUAAUUCAUUUGCAAAAGUAUUGUAUUUGCAGGAAAGUCUGAACCCUUGUCCAUCCUGUUUGCGCUUAUUCCCUGCAAAAGAGAUGGGUGCACAUUUCAUUUCGUGUAACAACACACCUCAAAAAGAAGGUUCCUCACAUGCGAUGAAAGAACCUCAAAGAUCCAUAUCUCCUGAGAAGCAGAAAAAUUCACCAGACAGGUCUAAAGAACAAUUGGAAGCUUCUCCUCGUCUGAAGGUUGAAAAAAAACACACAGCUCAUCCAUCCACCACAACGAGCUCAGCUCAAAACACUUCCCAACUAGAACCUUUCAUGCCAACGAGAGAAAGUAGUGUUUCUGCAAGUCAAGAAAAAAGAAAGGCUCCUAUUCGAGAUUUAAAUGGAAGGCCCAUUGCUUACUGUUGUCAUUUAUGUGGCAGAGAGUAUCUUAAUGUGGGGUCGUUAACGUUUCACAUACCCAAUUGUCUAGAGAAGAGAACUGCUUCUCAAAACGAGCUGCCAAGAGAAUAUCGAACCAAAGCUCCUCACGCUCCUAGGGUACCAAUUCCUGAAGACCGCUUAGCAGAAGAUUUCCUGAAUCGACUCGAGGAAUAUAAUCAAGCUGCAUACAGAAUUUACGAGCAGAGCUCGAGAGUGCCAUGUAAAUUUUGUGGAAGAAGAUUCAAUCCAGACAGCUUGAUGGUCCACGUAAAAGCUUGUGCAAAAGUUCAUGAGGCAACCCAAAACACCCCUCCAUCAUUCUCCACAUCUAGCAACUUACAGAGUGGAGGUCCUGUAACUAACGCUAAUGAGAUACCCGUAGGAGGCAUCAAAUCGAAAAGCGCUGCUUACAGAGCCCUCUCAGCAGGAAAGUAUGUGGAGAUUGAACGAGCAGAGUGCUCGAAAUGUGGCAGAAAAUUUGCUUUGGACAGACUACCAGUGCACGAGUCCAGUUGCAAGGGGAUUGGAUUGAAAAAAGAGAAUAAUCCACCUGCAAGCAAGAUCCUCACCGAAAGAAUCAAGAACUUUGGAGUUGAAGACAUGAAGACGAAGAGCGAGAGUGUUUCUGUACCAACGUCAAAUCAGCAACCAAACACAAGACUGUCAACAACGGUAGCCACAAUGCGUCAAUCCAUGGAGCAAGACACACGAGUUCAAUGCCCGUGCUGCAAUCGCAAAUUCAAUCCUGAUCGAAUUGAGAAGCAUGUUUCAAUUUGCAAAGCAAGAAUUUAUUAA